ACAACCCAUCUCUAUAGUGGCAGAGAGUUGCGCGCACAGACCAUCAGUUGCACGUUUAUAAUCCGAUUUUAUUUUUAUUAAUCGGUUAGAAGAUGGGACGUUACGCUAAAGAACCAGAAGUGGCUCCAAAAACAUGCAAGGCGAGAGGAUCAAACCUUCGUGUACACUUUAAGAAUACCUGUGAAACUGCAAACGCGAUUCGCAAGAUGCCGUUGAAGCGCGCGCUUACCUACUUGAAAAACGUUACCGGCCGCAAGGAGUGCGUUCCGUUCAGACGAUUCGAUGGAGGAGUCGGACGCUGCGCGCAAGCGAAACAGUGGGGCACCACGCAAGGGCGCUGGCCAAAGAAAUCGGCGGAGUUCGUAUUGCAGAUGCUCAAAAAUGCCGAAAGCAACGCGGAUUACAGCGGUCUCGACGUCGACAGAUUAGUUAUCGAGCAUAUUCAAGUAAAUCGCGCCGCCUUUUUAAGAAGACGCACGUAUCGCGCGCACGGCACAAUCAACCCCUACAUGUCCUCACCUUGUCACAUUGAAAUGUGGCUAACGGAAGCUGAAAGCUCUCCCGAAGCAGGCAAAGGCCAAAAGAAGAAGGGCGCCAAAGAAGGUGCGGAUAAAUCGGCCAAGCGAAUGAAAGUAACAGGAGCAGUUGCACAUUAAAUAUAUUUUUUUUUGUCAAUUGUUUAUUUAAAAAAAGUUUUACUGGAGAUAUUCAAUUAUUAGUUAUUUAAUAAGUACUCAUA